GUCAAAGAGAACACGCCAACAUCAAGUUUGCUUGUCAUUGCCGCCGAGUACGGUAAAAGAAAAAAGAAAUAUUUUAAAAUUUACAUCGAUAAAUGAGUUUAUGAGUAAAUAUCAUCAAAUAUAUAUACAGUUAAAGUUUAUUUAAAGUAUCAGAAAUAGUACAGAUCAUGAGUUCAAUCGGAACUGGGUAUGACCUUUCGGCGUCACAAUUUUCACCAGACGGCCGUGUUUUCCAAGUAGAAUAUGCUGCUAAAGCUGUGGAAAAUUCAGGCACAGUCAUUGGUCUGCGAGGAAAAGAUGGAGUUGUAUUUGCAGUUGAGAAAUUGGUGACAUCAAAACUGUAUGAGCCUGGUGCUAACAAAAGAAUCUUUCAUAUUGAUGAACAUGUUGGCAUGGCAGUUGCCGGCCUAAUAUCUGAUGCCAGACAGAUUGUAGAGACUGCCCGUUCUGAGGCGUCCAACUACAGAUCUCAGUAUGGAGUCCCAGUGCCGUUGAAGUAUUUAAAUGAGCGUGUUUCAAUGUAUAUGCAUGCAUACACACUGUACAGUGCUGUUCGUCCUUAUGGCUGCUCUGUCGUCAUGGGAACCUGGUCUGAUUACGAAGGACCACAAAUGUACAUGCUUGACCCUAGUGGUGUCUCAUUUUCCUAUUUCGGCUGUGCUGUAGGCAAAGCGAAGCAGGCUGCCAAGACUGAAAUUGAGAAGCUGAAAUUAUCCAACCUGACUGUGAAGGACUUGGUGAAGGAGGCAGCUAGGAUCAUCUACUUAGUCCACGAUGAGUUGAAAGACAAGCAGUUUGAGCUGGAAUUGUCGUGGGUGUCAGCGGCUACCAAGGGCCGUCACCAACUCGUGCCUAAAGAGGUUGCUUCCGAAGCGGAGAACUUGGCCAAGCAAGCCUUAGCGGACAUCGAGGACUCUGAUGAGGGUGACAUGUGAAUUUAGAUAAUACAUUUUUUAUUAUUAA